CAACUCGAACUUUGUUGUACGUUUGGUUGGUGUGGUCGCCAACUUUCCCCCCAUUUACGUGGUGAUGGAGCUCAUGGAACGCGGGGAUCUGAAGUCAUUUCUCAGGUCUGAAGUUGGGGGAUCUCUGACUCAAGAGAAAAUGGUGGAAAUGGCAGUUGAAGCAGCCGACGGCAUGGCUUAUCUCGCCGCAAAAAAGUUGGUACAUCGUGACCUCGCUGCUCGCAAUUGCAUGCUUGAUGAAAAUCUUACACUUAAGAUUGGAGAUUUUGGUUUUACCAGAUACCUCAGCACUGAAUACUACAGAAAACGUGAGUUAUCGUGUGAUUCCCUCUUGCUGUAA